CUCAAGUGCGUGUGCCAGCUGUGCGAGCACACCAACUUCACCUGCCAGACGGAGGGUGCCUGCUGGGCCUCGGUCAUGCUGACCAACGGGCGGGAGGAGGUGGUCAAGUCCUGCGUCUCCCUCCCGGAGCUGAACGCGCAGGUCUUCUGCCACAGUUCCAAGAACAUCACCAAGACCGAGUGCUGCUACACCGACUUCUGCAACAACAUCACCCUCCGCCUGCCUGUGGCAUCGGAGUCGCCUGGCAGAGCCGGCGCGGGACCCGUGGUGCUGGCGGUGGUGGUGCCGGUCUGUGUCCUCUCCCUGGCAGCGGUGCUGGCGGCGUGUGCCUGCCCGGGCCGGCGCUGUGCCCGCGGCAGGGCGAAGCAGCCCAAUGUGGAGGAGCCCCUCUCCGAGUGCAACCUGGUGAACUCGGGGAAGACGCUGAAGGAUCUCAUCUACGACAUGACGACCUCUGGCUCCGGCUCAGGUUUACCUCUGCUUGUGCAAAGAACAAUCGCGAGGACUAUUGUCCUGCAGGAAAUUGUGGGAAAAGGCCGAUUUGGUGAAGUCUGGCGAGGAAAAUGGUGCGGGGAAGAUGUAGCUGUGAAAAUCUUCUCCUCCAGAGACGAACGGUCCUGGUUUCGGGAGGCAGAAAUCUAUCAGACGGUUAUGCUGAGACACGAGAACAUCCUGGGCUUCAUUGCUGCCGAUAACAAGGAUAACGGGACGUGGACUCAGCUCUGGCUUGUCUCCGAGUACCACGAGCAGGGGUCCCUGUUCGACUACCUGAACAGAGGCACGGUGACGGUGGAGGGCAUGGUCAAGCUGGCGCUGUCGGUGGCCAGCGGCCUGGCACACCUCCACAUGGAGAUCGUCGGCACGCAAGGCAAGCCAGCGAUCGCGCACCGAGAUCUGAAGUCUAAAAACAUCCUCGUGAAGAGGAACGAAAGCUGCGCCAUCGCGGACCUGGGCCUGGCGGUGAAGCACGACUCGGUGCUGAACACCAUCGACAUUCCCCAGAACCCCAGGGUGGGCACCAGGAGGUACAUGGCUCCUGAGAUACUUGAUGAUGUGAUGAACAUGAGCGUCUUCGAGUCCUUCAAGCGUGCAGACAUAUACUCCCUUGGGCUGGUGUACUGGGAGAUAGCCCGACGGUGCCCUGUUGGAGGAAUCACCGAGGAAUACCAGUUGCCUUACUAUGACGUUGUGCCUUCCGAUCCUUCGAUAGAAGAUAUGAGAAGGGUGGUUUGUGAGCAGAAGCUCAGACCAAAUAUUCCGAACCAGUGGCAAAGCUGUGAGGCGCUGCGGGUGAUGGGCCGGAUGAUGCGCGAGUGCUGGCACGCCAGCGGGGCCGCCCGCCUGACCGCGCUGCGCGUCAAGAAGACCAUUUCGCAGCUCUGCGCGCAGGAGGACUCCAAAGCCUGA